AAAAUAUCUUAAUGAGAAAUAACAAACGACCAUUUUCUUGCUUCGUCCACGACUUCAAGUUUCCAUCACCCAUUCGUAAUUUGAUUCUCUUCGUCGUGACAAAUCCUUUUCGUUUUUCCUCCGAUCUCAGGCAUUCAAAUUCGUUUCGUCUCCGAUCCGAUCUAUUUAUGGUUGUCUCCUUCUAGUUCCUCCAUUGAAAUUUGAUUCCACUUCCAUGGCGGCGGCACCACUCAAGGCGGUGUCUUUGACCCAUGUCCGGUACCAGAGGGGAGAUCAGCUCGGCCAUUUCUUAGCUUGGGUUUCUUUGGUCCCGGUCUUCAUUAGUCUCGGUGGAUUCCUCUCUCACUUCAUCUUCCGUCGCGAAUUACAGGGUAUGUUCUUCGCGCUAGGGCUUGUAAUCUCUCAAUUCAUAAAUGAAUUCAUCAAGACCUCCGUUCAGCAAGCCCGUCCUGAGACGUGUGCGUUGUUGGAAAUGUGUGAUUCCCAUGGUUGGCCGUCUAGUCACUCUCAGUAUAUGUUUUUCUUUGCUAUAUACUUCACUCUUUUGUCCUAUAAAGGGAUUGGACUUUGGGGUACUGAAAGCAAGUGGGUGUUGAAUCUAUUAGCUUGGUCUUUGGCUCUCUUGACCAUGUAUUCGAGGGUCUAUUUAGGAUACCAUACUGUUGCACAGGUUUUUGCUGGAGCUACACUUGGUGGUCUUCUUGGAGCUUUGUGGUUCUGGUUUGUCAAUUCUGUGCUUUUCUGUUACUUCCCGGCUAUAGAGGAGAGCCAAUUUGGCAGGAAGUUUUACAUUAAGGACACUUCUCAUAUAAGUAAUGUUUUGAAAUUCGAGUAUGAUAAUGCAAGAGCUGCCAGACAAGAGUUGGACUGUAAGUGUGAUUGAUCGAGUUGGAUCUGAUAUGUGAGAAGGGGAACCGUGAGUGCUAUUGAAGAUGGUCUAUGCCUAUAUGUGAGACAGGGUUAGGAAAACACUCGAUGAAACCAGCUUUGUAGACUACUAAGAGAGCUUGGUUGGUGGCUGCCAUGAUAUUUGUGCCCAUAGACAUUAGCUAGAUAGAAACAUUGAUUUGAUCAUCAAAUACUUUGAUUUAUAAAAUUGGUUUGAAAUUUUUAUCACUUACAUGGAUAGAAAGGAACUUUCUCUACUUCAAUAGAUCUAGUUUUGAUAUCAUACUGGAUUGGACUUGGAUAACGUGGUGUGUAAGAGUGGAAUUCAAUUGCCAGAUUGACUAUGCUAUGUGUUUGUUUUUUCUUUUAUACUUCUAUAUAUAUAUAUUCUUCUUUCA